AUGGCAGAAGAAGAUGACGAUGAAUGCCCUAUUUGUGCUCAGAAAAUGAUACUUCCCACGGCUGUGCCUGGAUGUGGGCAUAAAUUCUGUUUUCUGUGUAUCAAAGGCGCCGCUUUUCGAACGCAGGAGCGGUUAUGUCCGAUGUGUCGUGGGAAUGUCAGCACUUCUAUAUUUCGAAGCCCUGCCAUGCGCAAUAUCACUAUAGAUAUGCACGACCCGGAAUCACCCACUGUAGCAGAGAAGCCAUCAAGGCCGAAAUCGGACUGCUCCGGUCCGCCCUGCAAACAGGCUAGGGUGUGCAGCGACGAGCCUGGUCCCUCAACAAGUACUGAGACGCGCGAGCAGUCCAAUGAGCAGGAUUCGAAACAGUUACAACAAGAAACGAGGCCAAGUGCGACUUCUGGCAAUGAAAGAUACUACUGGUUAUAUAAGGGUCGUGGUGGUUGGUGGAGAUUUGAUCCUCGGUUGGAGAAAGAUCUUGAAAGUGGUCGCCAGUCAGAAAAGAAUACCGUUGAGUUGCUGAUUUGCGGUUUCAAGUAUGAAGUUGAUUUCGAACGAAUGGUUCAAUAUCGAGUGGACGGCCCCACAAGGACACGAAAGAUCAAGCGUGUGUCUGAUGAAGAGUUCCGAGAAAUGUCAAACAAGGGAAUGCUCAAGGGGAUCUCAGGAGUACGGCUGGCGCAGAACUGA